CCGACGGACAGCCGGCAGACUCCCCGUUAUCUAACCUCUUUAGGUGUCCGUGGUGCGAAAUCUGCCAGAGGUGUGGACCCUCCAGUAAAUUUGAAGGCAUUAUGGUAGCCUUUAAGGGGAUUUGGACCAAGGAAUUCUGGAGAGCCGUCUCUGGGGAGUUCUUGGCUACUCUCAUCUUUGUCCUUCUUGGCCUGGGCUCUACGAUCAACUGGAGCCUGGGGGCGGAGAAGCCGCCGCCCCCAGAUCUGGUGCUCAUAUCACUCUGCUUCGGCCUGACCAUCGCUACCUUGGCCCAGUGCUUUGGCCACAUCAGCGGCGGCCACAUCAACCCGGCCGUGACCGCAGCGAUGGUCUGCACCAGGAAGCUGAGCCUGGCCAAGGGUGUCUUCUACGUGCUCAGCCAGUGUCUGGGUGCCAUCACUGGAGCGGGGAUCCUGUACAUGGUGACGCCCAGCUCUGUCCGAGGGGGCAUGGGAGUGACGUCGGUGAACCCCAAGAUCUCUGUCGGCCACGCCCUUGUGGUGGAGAUGCUGAUCACCUUUGAGCUGGUCUUCACCGUGUUUGCGACCUGCGACCCGAAACGCUCCGACCUCAAGGGGUCUGCGGCUCUUGCCAUUGGCCUGGCCGUCGCUAUAGGCCAUCUCUUUGCGAUCCCCUAUACUGGAGCCAGUAUGAACCCAGCCCGGUCCUUUGGACCAGCAGUGGUGAUGUGCAGCUGGGCUGACCACUGGAUCUACUGGUUGGGUCCCAUUCUUGGUGGGAUCACAGCGGGUGCCAUGUAUGAAUAUCUGUACUGCCCUGACCCAGAGCUGAAGACCUGCUUCGGGGAUGUUUUCGGCAAAAGCUCCGGCCCCCCCAUGAGGUACAGAGAGGUGGAGGGCUGCCGCCGCCGGAGCGAUCCAGAAGAGCCGGCCAUCAGUCCGGGUUCUCACAGCACCCUGGACGUGGAGAAGGCAGAAAAGGCCGGGAUAUCACCGGCAUGACUAGAGGGAAUCCUGGGAAUGGAGACCAGCCUGUAGUCAAGCAUCCAGGCCUGCUCUCACAGAGGAUUACUGUGCCUUCAGCCAGGGAAACACCCUGGUUUUUUCUUUGAUGCAGGGCCUGGUCCGGUCUGGCCUGGCUCACCGUGAACUCUGUCUCAGAAACCAGACCUUCAUAUCAGUACAUCCCCCCUUUCCGAUGUGCAGCCAAAACUGAUCACUGGUAGCGUCUGUGUUCAGAUCAGCGUAGGGGUGAUGCUAAGGUCACGCCGGAGUAACCAGAGUGACACUGCUGGCACGUGAAUGGCAGGUGCUCUCUGGCGGUCUCCAUUUUCAGGGCUGUCUCUUCAGCAUAUCAUCUGUCUUUGCUCUGUCAUAUAACCCACUGUACCACUGAAUCCCGUUGCACCGUUUCCUUAAAUUAUUUCUCAGCGGGUCUGCACUCAAAUAUGUGCUUGUAAUUAUUGCCGCCGUGCUGUAAUUGCUGCUUGUAGGAAUGCUCUCGCUCGCUUGAACUCCCCUCAGGAGAGGACUCCUUUCUGCUCAUGCUCACCUUUCCUUCCAGCUCCCCCUACUGGACCGGAGGACCAAAACAAGCCCCUUGCGGUGCCCGUUAACAUUUCGGGCUAACAAAUGUCAGGUGCCCAUGAGAGAAGCGUCAGCCUCCGACCUGUCAGCAGAUCCCCAUUCCAGAGCAGGGUAUACACACAACACCUCUGGCCAAAUGACAUCCCCUGCGCCACGGACAUGGGUAGCUGAUAAAGAGAGUGGUUUAGCGUAGGCUUCUUGAGGAGCACAGAACCCUCUUUUUUAUUGUCUGAAAAGCAAAGUGGUAGGUAAAUAUUUGACCUAUUUCUGCUUUGUCAUUUUAUGAUGGUGCAUUUUCUGUA